AUGAAGAAUUUACUAAGAUAUUUAACAAAUAAACAAGCAUCAAUAAACCUCAAUUUACUUGUUAAGCAUAAAAUAUGUUGGAGUCAACAUCCGCAAUUGAGCUUUUUAUCCAAAAAAUGUUAUUCGACAGCAAAACCUUCGGAAAAAUCAUCAGAAAAGCCUCAUUGCAAUGUAGGAACGAUUGGGCAUGUCGAUCAUGGGAAGACAACUCUUACAGCGGCAAUAACUGCUGUUCUAGCUAAGAAAGGAUUAGCUAAUUUUACAUCCUAUGAUGAGAUUGACAAAGCACCAGAAGAAAAAGCCAGAGGAAUAACAAUAAAUGCAGCACAUAUUGGAUAUGAGACAGUAAAUAGGACUUAUGCUCAUACUGAUUGUCCAGGACAUGCUGAUUAUAUCAAGAACAUGAUAUCAGGAGCUUCGCAGAUGGAUGGUGCAAUUUUAGUGGUAGCAGCUGAUGAUGGUCAAAUGCCUCAAACGAGAGAGCAUUUACUUCUAGCUAAACAAGUUGGAAUUAAGUAUAUCGUAGUCUUUAUUAACAAAGCGGAUCAGGCAGACGAUGAAAUGUUAGAAUUAGUGGAAAUAGAACUAAGAGAACUUCUCUGCGAAUAUGGAUUUGAUGGUGCAAAUUGUCCAAUAAUUUGUGGAUCAGCAUUGAAAGCACUGCAAGGGGAUGAAAGUGACAUUGGAAAACAGUCGAUUGAUAAGCUACUUGAAGCUAUUGAUCAAUUUAUUCCAACACCUAAAAGAGAUAUUAAAAGUCCACUUCUUAUGCCAAUUGAUAAUUUCUUCACAGUUCCUGGACGUGGUUCCGUUAUUGUAGGAACAAUCAAGCGAGGAACAAUGAAAAGAAAUGACGAAAUUGAAAUGCUAGGCUUUGAUCAACAAAUUAAAUCAACAGUAUCAGAUAUACAAAUUUUUAAGAAGAGUACGCCAAAAGCAAUAGCUGGCGAUAAUGUCGGUGUCUUGUUACGAAAUAUAAAACUUAGUAAUAUUCAACGUGGAAUGCUACUUUGUGCUUACAAUACUGAAUGCUUAUCCAAUCAUUAUGAUGCUAAUAUGUAUCUGUUAACAAGACAAGAAGGUGGUCGUAAACUUCCAUUGGCAUCAAAGUAUAUCCAACAAUUAUUUAGUAGAACAUGGAAUAUUCCAGCAAGAUUAGACAUAGAAAAUGGUGGCAUUUUAAUGCCCGGCGAGCAUGGAAAGGUACGAAUAACUCUUUUUAAGAAAAUGGUAAUGUCUGAAUAUCAGCCAUUCACAAUUCGAGAACAAGGCACGACAGUUGCAACUGGAGUGAUUAUAAAACGACAUGAUGCAAUUCAUCUGCCGCUUAAUAAGUUAUCAAAGCUUGUGCUCAACAUUUAA